AUGAUUUCGGAUAAGGGUGGGAUUGUUGAAGGUAGAAGGGACAUGUUUAGAUAUGUGUCGAGUAAUGUACAAGUUGACAACACACUCACAUUAGAUGGACUUCCAACGAGCUUGAACCGUCAUUUUCUCAAUGAUUUCCCGAGGCAUAAGCAGCUUGACUUACAAGUAUAUGCUCCACUGACAUUAGCAGCAUAA